GAGAGAAUCAGCGACUUCUCCCAGCUGUAGGAGGUGAAACCUGGACACAGACAGUGUGUUGGACAGCAGACUGGCUGGAGUUACACACAACUGAGAAGAUCUUGAUCAAGGUUGUGUUUCAGGAUGUAUGGGCCGUUCAGUGUCCGUCGGGAGCGUGUUCCUGACCUCUCCUGCCUGCAUCAGUACAGUGAAUGGCUGGCUGGCAGGCAUAAAGCCAGCCUUCUUCCCAUGAAGGAAGACCUCGCUAUGUGGCUUAACACUAUUCUGGGAAUUAAUAUAACAGCGGAGAACUUCAUGGACAUGCUGGAGACUGGAGUUGUGCUCUGCCAGCUGGCUGAAAAGUUACAGGAGAAGAUGAUUCUGGCAAGCAAUGGCAAGCCCUUCACCCGGCGUGUGAUUCACUGGAGAGCUGAUGCAGCUCCUGGUUCAUUUUUUGCCCGAGACAACACGGCCAACUUCCUGUACUGGUGCCGUAAAAUUGGCAUUGGCUCAUCACAUCUUUUUGAGUCGGAUGAUCUCGUUCUUCGAAGACAUCCACGGGAUGUGUGCCUCUGCCUCUUGCAGCUUGGGAGAAUUGUCUCAAAGUAUGGUAUCGAUCCACCUGGUCUGGUCAAACUGGAGAAAGAGAUUGAGAAAGAAGAAUUUGGUUCCUUAUCCCCAUCCAUGUUCUUUACUUCAGCGUUACCCUCUCCUUCCAGUCCUCUUUUAUUCCCCCCUGCUCCAUCACCACCUCCUUCUUCCUCUCCUUGUCCUGCCUCCAUCUCUCCAUCCACAUCACCUGCCUCUCCACCUCCGUCCCCUCCUCCAGACUCUUCCUCUGCCCCAGUCCCACAACCUGAACUUGAACCUAAAUGUGAACUCGAGCCUGAACCUGAACCUAAAUGUGAACUCCAGCCUGAACCUGAAUGUGAACUCCAACCUGAACCUGAGCCUGAACCUGAACCUAAAUGUGAACUCCAACCUGAGCCUGAACCUGAACCUAAAUGUGAACUCCAACCUGAGCCUGAACCUGAACCUAAAUGUGAACUCGAACCUGAACCUAAAUGUGAACUCCAACCUGAGCCUGAACCUGAACCUCAGCAUAUCUCACCCAAUCCCCAGUCACCUGUUCAAACACCCACAUCCACCCCUACCUCACGCUCCCUUAGUAAAUCCAAUGGAAAAAAGAGCAAAGACAAUCUACUGGACGAUAUAGUGGAGAAGAUUUCAGAAGAUCCACCAUGCAGAUGUGCAGUCAGGUUCUGCAUUGAGAAACAGCCCAAAGGCCGCUACCGAAUUGGGGACAAAGUGCUGUACGUGAGGAUGCUGAAUGAUAAGCAUGCUAUGGUGCGUGUUGGUGGAGGCUGGGAAACGCUUGGGAUGUACCUGCUGAAGCAUGAUCCCUGCAGGACAGCUUUGCUGAAAACCUGCAAGCCCAGCAGCAAGUCACUGAGUGUCAGGGAGCCUUCACGGGACAGUUACCUGGUUGUAGGCACUCCUUCACGCCUCAGAAAACAAAUGUCACAGCCUUGAUUUAUGCAGAAGGAAAAGGACACAAUCAAUCAGCAGUCAUGCCUUGUACUACCGUCUCUGUUGUAUUGUUGGGUUUAGUGUGGAAAAGUCAACAGGUAAUGCUGAGACGUGGCUCUGGAAGGGAAGCUGAUAGCCCAGGUGGCUUGAAGGUGGAUUCAGCAUUAGUACAAUGGGAAAAUGUUUAAAAAAUGAUAUUAAGUAAGUGCCUUAUUAAAACAACAUAUUUGCUUUGUAACCUAAAAGCAUAAGGGCAGGAUCGAUAUCUCUCUCUCUCUCUCUAUCUCAUAUUUCAGCUGACAUUGGCUCUGUUUACUUAUGUAUGAUUUUACUCUUGAGAAUGAAUGAAGAGGUACAAAUAUUUCACUGUCAUAUCUGGUGUUUAGUUUGUGGAUCAAAUUUAUCAUCCACAAUGACUUUGGACAAAAUAUGCGAAGCAUGUCAGUUCACCUUGCAUUUACAUUUGAAAAAAAAAUGUAUAUAUUAUAAAAAUACUCAACAU